UUUCUCUCUCUCUUUCUCUCCCACGGACUCUUUCUUAAAGUCAUUGUCUUCAUUGUCUUUUUUUUACUCCUUUCAUUCUUUCUUUUACUUCAUCAACUUUAUUCAUUUCAUCCCAUUCACUCUUCUUAUUCAUCCUACAUUUACAAUGACAUCCAUCUUUGAGGUCUCCCCAAGAUGCCAGGAGUUACAGAAGAAGCUUAUCGACUUUGUCGAAAAUGACUGUUUGCCAGCGGAGGAAGUCUAUGAGAGCCAGGUCGGAACUGGUGAUCAGCGUUGGAAGACUGUUCCCCCAAUCAUGGAAGAACUUAAAGCAAAGGCCAAAUCUCUCGGUCUUUGGAACCUUUUCCUUCCUAAGAGCUACCCUGAGGGUCCUGGUCUCACCAACUUGGAAUAUGCCACCCUUUGUGAAAUCACAGGUCGUUGUCCCCGUGUUGCUCCUGAAGCGCUCAACUGCUCUGCACCUGAUACCGGAAAUAUGGAGGUCUUUGCAAAGUACGGCACUCCCGCUCAAAAGCAACAGUAUCUAGUGCCUCUCAUGAAUGGUGAAAUCCGAUCUGCUUUCGCCAUGACCGAGAUUGCCGUUUCGUCCUCUGAUGCUACCAACAUUGAGACUCGCAUUGAGCGUGUGGGCGAUCACUAUAUUAUCAAUGGACACAAAUGGUGGAUCUCAGGUGCAGGUGAUCCUCGCUGCAAAGUCUUCCUGGUCAUGGGCAAGUCCGAUCCUAACAAUGAGCACAAGUAUAGACAGCAGUCAAUUGUCAUCGUUCCUGCAGAUGCUCCAGGGAUUGAGGUAGUCAGACCUAUGACCGUGUAUGGGUACGAUGAUGCUCCGGAGGGACAUUGUGAGGUCAAAUUCACAAACGUCAAAGUUCCUGUCUCCAACAUCAUUGCAGGAGAGGGACGUGGCUUUGAAGUUAUUCAAGGACGUCUUGGACCUGGCCGCAUUCAUCACUGCAUGCGUGCGAUCGGUGUAGCAGAGCGUACUUUGGACAUCAUGAUCUCCCGUGUUACGAACCCUUCACGUCGCACAUUCGGAAAGGUCUUGGCCCGCCACGGUACUGUUGCUGCUGAUGUGGCCAAGAUGCGUAUUGAAAUCAAUGCCGCUCGUCUUAUGGUUCUUGCUGCUGCAGACAAGAUCGACAAGCUGAACGCCAAAGGUGCAAUGCGUGAUAUUGCUAUGGCCAAAAUCAUGGUACCGCAAAUGUUGCAGCGCACCGUUGAUUUAGCUAUCCAGGCCCAUGGUGCUGCCGGUCUCAGUCAAGACUUCCCAUUAGCGCGUUUCUAUGCGCUCGCUCGUACGCUUCGUAUUGCUGAUGGUCCAGACGAGGUUCAUAUGAUGCAGUUGGCGCGGUUCGAGUUGAUGCGUGGUGACGAAAUUCGCGAGAAGGAUGAAAAAAUCAGAGCACGUCGUGCUCAGAUCCUUAGCAAUGGUUCCAAGUUGUAAAAAAAGAAAAAGAAAAAGAUAAUCUUUACUGUAUAAAAACUAUUUAUUUAUUUGAUUCCUAUUCCACUGCCAAA